AUGACACGGCUGCGUGUCCGGGUGGUCAGCAGUGCAGGGGUGGCGUUAAGUCUCAUUCCUGUUUGCCAGAGGCUUUCUUCUGCGGUCCACGGGCGCCUCUACCGGAAUCGUUCUGCAACCUGGGCGAAGAAUUUGAAGGUGGCUGCUGCUCGUUGGCACAUCAGUUCCUCUCUGGAGAUGCUCGGACAGCCGUUGCAUCUUCCCAUCCAAUUAGGCUUCUCCGAAGUCGAAUUUGGACACCGGCCACCUCUCGGCUCAGUCCACGGCCAGCGGUCCUGCUCCCUCCUGACCGCCACCGAGGACUUCAACAUCGUCCUGUAUCAUUACAACCUCACCGGACGGUUGAGCCACCGCCGUCCUGAGGAAGACCACUUAGAUGUCCUCAAGAUCAUCAUCCUCGCCGCCAGCUGCCUCAUCAUUCUGGAGAACCUGGUGGUCCUGCUGGCCAUCGUCUUGAAGGUGAGAAGCCGGCGUUGGAUCUACACCUGCCUCGCCAGCAUCUCCUCCAGCGACCUGCUGGCCGGAAUCGCCUACUUGAUCAACCUCUGCCUGUCGGGAAAGACCACCUUCCAGCUGUAUCCCUACAUGUGGUUUCUCCGCGAAGGGAUCCUUUUCAUCGCCUUGGCUGCCUCCACCUUCAGCCUGCUGGUGACGGCCAUCGAGCGCUUCAGUGCCAUGGUGAGGCCCAUCGCGGAAAGCGAGUCCGUCAAGACCAACCGUCUUCGGAACUGCAUUUUCUUCUCCUGGUUCUUGGCCUUCGUGAUUGGCCUGCUUCCCCUGCUCGGGUGGAACUGCAUUUGCGACGUGCCCCGCUGUUCCACCUUGCUGCCUCUUUACGCCAAGAACUACAUCCUCUUCACGGUGGUCAUGUUCAGCAUCAUCCUGGUGGGCGUGGUAAGUCUCUACUGCUCCAUCUACUGCUGGGUCAGGAGAAGAGCCAAGAUGGGCUUCUCCAACGGAGGCCGAAAGAGGUCCCUGCGGCUGCUCAAGACGGUGCUGCUCAUCCUGUUCACCUUCCUGGUUUGCUGGAUCCCUCUCUUCCUCCUGCUGCUGAUCGACAUCUUCGACAGGAGCAAAGCCCUGAGUCUGCAGAAGGUCUUCGGCUGGUUUGUGACCUUGGCGGUCGUCAACUCGUUCGUCAACCCCAUCAUCUACUCUCUGAAAAGCAAAGAGGUGAGGAGAGCCGUGGUGGAGCUCCUCUGCUGCGGCUGCAUCUUGGCAGGCUGGCAAGGUCCCAGCGGCUGCCUCGCCCCCAGCGACCAUCUCCCCAGCUCUUCCACCGAGGUGGGCAGCUCCCUGAAGGUGCGCGAGAGCUUCCGCAGCCCGGUGAUACAGAAGCGGAGUGUCAGGAAAGAACCUCUGUCCAGCAAUUCCAGCGUGUUGAGCGCUUUGGUGGUCAGUGACGGUCCCGGCCAACCUUAA